UAAUAUAAUAAGUAUCAAAUUAUGAGUAUCGUAUAAGUACUGGUUACCCAGUACUCCGAUAUUUGGAGUAAAGCUACCCAGGUUUUGAUACCGUGGCCUCCCGUUUAAAGACCCUUGUCGACGGUGGCCAUACGUACGUGUCCCGGAGAUAGUAUUUACUCUAGAUGUAUACUGCGGUAUUAUAUAGGUGAAACUUGAUGAUACGUCAAGUUAAUGGUAUCGCCGGCCUGAUGCAGUGAAGUGGCUGUCGGGAUAGACUAGAUAUCUAUACUCAUAUUAAUGAUUUACACGACUCAUCAAACUUAGAGAAAGGUCGUCUUUUCGCUGAUACAUCAAUUCUAGAAAAAGGAAGGAACUAUGAGGUCGUUUACAUCGUUAAUAUACAGACAAGGAAUUUAAUGCACAAUUACUGGUUAUUCAUCAAGGCUUUCAUCUCUAAAACAAUAGAUGAAUCAUCGAAGAUGACGGUGGGACGACAAUGAUGAUGAUACCGGAGAGGAGUACAUAUCGCUUGUUUCCACUAAUUUUUGAUCUGCGAGUUAUGGUUUCUAUAUGAAGUGCAUUUUAGCAUUAAGUUUCGUAAUGUUCAAUAUAACAGACAGUAAAACGUGACUUGGUGAAAUCAUACAAAACAGAAAAUAACUUCUCUGGUUAGGUCUCACUUGAAACAUGCAACGCAUGAGUGAUCACGUGACAAAGUAAAGUAAAAAGAUCAACGAGAGAUGCAAUGAAUUGUCCGGAAAAGUGAAACGAUGGAUAUAUCAGGCCUCUGGGCCCUCCUACAGAUCGUAGUUUUAGGGAUCAGUCGGACUGUCUCGGAGUCCGUCUAUAGGAACCCUUGUGCAGGUCUUAAAUCGACAGAUCUUCUCGAGGAGGCGAUACCGAGAAAUGGGAAGCUUCCGGUUGGAGUCAAGGUCAUUUACGAUACUUCAAGUCAUGUCCAUGCUUUUGAAUUCAACGAUGAAACCACUGAUGUGCAAUUAAGGUCACAGCCUCUCUUUCACAAAUGUUCCAAGUUUCCGGAAGAAUUCUCCGUAUUUUUUGUUAUCAAACAUAAACGUAUAUUUGGGAAAAAGGAGUGCGUUUUGAGAGUGAGAAACCAAAUGACGUCUAUAGUUUCUAUAAAUUUGACGAAUAAGUAUAUAAUGCUUGUGUAUAAUAGUCGCAGAGUGAAAUUUAGGAAUACAGUUUUACUUGACAACAAAUGGCAUACAGUUGGAUUAAGUGUAACAGGAAGUGACGUUAUAAUGACGACGGACUGUCGGAGCAGGAAACGGAAACGUUUAAAGAGGAAGUUUCCUGCAAAUAUUCCGUUUCAAAAUGGGACAUUCCAAUUAGCAAGCUGUAGACCAGGUUCUGGUGUUGUCAGGGGUAUUAUAAAGGACCUAGUGUGGGUUCCCGGGGCUGACGCGGUGAGAAGGGCGUGUCCACCACGAAUACCGAAGCAUACACACAUGGACAAUCGACUGCCGUCUCUACCAGAUCUGUACGGGAUUGCCUCCCCUGGCCCGCGAUGGGAGGAUUGUACCUGGAUGGAUGUUGGUAGCGUGGCGUACGAUCUCCACUCCGAGUCCCUGAAGGUCUGUGUCAACGGCAUUUGGCAACAUCUCAGCGUCACCGUCCCAGAAAAAGAGCCAGUACCCAAACGUCUAGACUACUUGGAACUUUAUCAGGACUUGCGUACUCCCGGGCCCUCAAUUGACGUUGAGGUAUUUACUAUCCCGGGGGAGGGGAUGUUUGCGGUGUUCGCUAACUCCGGACGGAAACGCCACGAUGUCUCCGCUUUGUAUAAAUGGACGGACAAGUCCAUGACCUUGUAUCAAAGACUGAAAACCAACAUGGCGCAGGCAUGGGAGUUCUUCACCAUAGAUGGCGGUUUUUUCCUUGCAGUUGCUAACUACGGACAAGACGAUGGUAUCCUGACAAACUCAACUAUCUUCAAAUGGCAGCGCCGGAAACGGAAGUUCAAGGAGUACCAGCAACUUCCAACUUACACCGCGCGUGACUUUGAAUAUUUCAAGGUCGAUGGAACACAUUACCUCGCAGUUGCUAACCAUGCCCAGGGUAACAGUCAGACGACGGAAUCUGUGAUUUAUGUGUGGAACGUCACGAGUCACGUGUUUCAAGAGAUGCAGCGUGUGAACACCGUGGGGGCGUAUGAUUGGACCCACUUUACAGUAGGGGGUUACACAUUCCUUGCCUUGGCCCAGGCUUUUGACGGUCUUACCACCCAGCUCGACUCGAGAAUUUACAUACUCCAGGACGACCAAUUCUUCCUUUUCCAGACGAUGGAGACUAACGGAGCCACAGACUGGGAGGUGUUUACCAUCAGUGGAACUGUCUACAUGGCUGUCGCGAACGCCUACAACUACGGACCUCAAAACUUCUCUAAGACAAAGACACACUACACUAACUCUACAAUAUACAGACUGAACAUGGACAAACGGGCUUUCGAGAGGUUUCAGAACCUCGGCACGUACAGUGCUGUUGACUGGGAAUUCUUCACUAUUGGGGACGACAAGUUCCUCCUGGUAUCAAAUGCUCAAAAUGGCGGGGAAGAGCGCGAGCUACGCAGUACGAUGUAUCGUUGGCAGGGAUUGGACGGAUUCGUUCCCGUCCACGUUAUGGCAACACUUCCUAACUCAGACUGGGAGGUUUUCACAGACGAUGACGAUGUUUACUUUAUAUACACUAACGCAAAGGGACGUAACUCUCAGAUACUCAAGGCAAAAAUGGUUUUAUAGUUAUCUGAAUACAGCAAAAGGUGGCAUGCAGUUAUACAGUACCAAAAUCGGCUGAUUCUAAAGGAGGCAAAGUGCAAAGGGAGGUAACCCAAAAAGAAGCUUCGACAUCGAAAUUCUCAUCUUCAAGUUGUCACAUUUAAACGUUUUGAAUGUGUUAUUGAUAUAUAUCAGUUAAAGAGAAGUGAAUGUGCAAUUGACGUUUUCUGUUUACAAAAUGUUAUUUAGGUUCGUAAUUAUGUAGAACGUUUAUCUGACAACUAGUUUAACCCUUACACCCCUAUGUAACUUGAGUAGACUCUACCAUGCCUUGAUCUGGAUGAGUCCAUAAUGGUCUACAGUGGUGAGAUGGUUAACACCACACUAUGCUAUGUACACCAAGUUUACGUUGUAUAAGGCUAACACACUUAGUAUCUUUAUACUUUUUGAAGGCGGAAAUAAAAACCAAUCAAACGGAUAAACCGUAUUGUGAAGGGAAAAAUGGAGAACAACCAACCGUUUAUGUGAAAAGGGGAAAUACAGACCAACCUAUCAAAUUGACCGUUUAUGUUCAAAGGGGAAAUACAGACCAACCAAUCAAAUUAACCGUUUAUGUUCAAAGGAGAAAUACAGACCAACCAAUCAAAUUGACAGUUUAUGUUCAAAGGGGAAAUACAGACCAACCAAUCAAAUUGACCGUUUAUGUUCAAAGGGGAAAUACAGACCAACCAAUCAAGUUUACUGUUUACGUGAAAAGGGAAACAAGACCUACCAAUCAAAUUGACCGUUUAAGUGUAAGGGGAAGUACACACCAUUGUAAGUGAAAACACAGACCAAUCAAUGUAAUUGAACAAUCGUGAGUGGGAUGUUUGUUCUAGAAAUCAUGGCAAACAGACGUCCCACUUUGUAUUCUGUUGGAACAGCAAAUGGGCAAUGAUAGUGUUUGCUGAUUUUCACAGUAAACCAUCGACUUGUACUAUUAGAAUUACCUGGAAAGAAUAUGCAUGUCAUGGGUAAGAUAGGGGCCCUUAUAUGGAUUGGGAGGUAGCAUGACGUCAACAAAUUGUAUAGUUUCUAUAGAAACAGGUCAGUAAAAGAAAAACAUCAAAUAGUUGUACAUUUUGUAAGUUAUAAGCUAUUUAUGUCUAUAUUUUGUGUAUUUAUUAUAUGUUACGAAUAAAAAAUGACC